AAUUUGUCCAACCGGUGUCGCGCAUUUUGCAGAAUCACCAUGGCGUCUGUGUUGAAAGAAACAGCAGGGCUUUAUGAAACAUUAAAAACUGAAUGGAAUAAAAAAAAUCCUAACUUGAGUAAGUGUGGUGAAAUCCUGAGUAAACUCAAGGUCUCUCUUUUGGAGUUGAAUUUCCUCCCGACCUCAGGGACAAAGCUCACCAAACAGCAGCUUAUUCUUGCGCGAGAUGUGCUGGAGAUUGGAGCAUUGUGGAGUAUUCUGAAAAAGGAUAUCCCCUCCUUUGAGCGAUACAUGGCACAACUCAAGUGCUACUAUUUUGACUACAAGGAUGAAUUGCCAGAGUCAGCCUACAUGCACCAGCUACUGGGUCUGAACUUGCUCUUCUUGCUCUCUCAGAAUCGUGUGUCUGAGUUUCACACAGAGUUGGAGAGACUGAGCGCUAAAGACAUUCAGAGCAAUGUAUACAUCCGACAUCCUGUUUCUCUUGAGCAGUACUUGAUGGAGGGAAGUUACAAUAAGGUCUUUCUUGCCAAAGGAAAUAUCCCUGCAGAGAGUUAUACAUUCUUCAUUGACAUUCUGCUCGACACUAUCCGUGAUGAGAUAGCUGGCUGCAUAGAGAAGGCUUAUGAACAAAUACAGUUCAACGAGGCCACAAGAGUACUGUUCUUCUCAUCACCUAAGAAGAUGACCGAGUACGCGAAGAAGAGGGGUUGGACUCAGAGUCCUGAUGGAUACUACUCUUUCAGCUCCCAGCAGCAAAAAACAGAGGAAGCGACGAUUCCAUCAACAGAACUAGCCCAGCAGGUCAUUGAGUAUGCACGGCAGCUGGAAAUGAUUGUGUAAUUCAAAGUUGCAUGCAGACAUUCCCUCCUUAUGUGCGCACACACCCAUACACAAAAGCUAGACGUACAGGUAGGCAGAUGUACAUUCAAACUUGGACAUGCCUUUACCCUUUGGAGAUAAACAGACAUGGAUCUACCGGGCAGGAUAUGUAUACAUCAACAGAUAGCUAGUUUAUGCUGCAGUACAAGGUCUGUCUUAAGGCUAAUUCACAUACUUUUCUUUUACACACUUGUGCCUGCCUAGUGUGUUGCAGUAUUAAAUCUGGAAGUCUGUUUGAUUGUGUAUAUGUCCAUGUACUAGGUUACAAGAUAAAUAAAGUUUGUCACAGUAGCCCUUGAUUUUACUCUUUGACAGCCAACAUGCAUAAUUAAAACAAGCCAAAUAACUUGCAAAUCUUCAUACUUCUUCCCAUGCAAAUAGUCACAAUAUAAUGUAUAAUCUGCAAUGGUAAAUCAUGGAAAGGAAAAAAGUCUCUCACCACUUUAAACUUGUUCUGUUGCAGCCACUCUUACAGGUGUGUGUUUAAUUGUGAUCACUUUAAUCUGGAAAUGUUUUGUGCAUUGCACAGGGCAGAUAUAUAUGAUUCAUAUGAUUUUCAGGUUCAAACAUUACAAACACAAACUUAAAAGUUAUUUUAGUUUCAGAUUUUGCUCUGGAGUGUUUGCAGAAUCACUCCAUUCCAAUGCCCUUGCCUUGUUUCCUAGCAACUGGCAGAGAUUUGCUGUGAAAGUUUGUGUUUUUUUUUUUUUUCUGAAUUGAUAAAUUCUUAGUCCCUUUCAUGGUUUGUACAGCUAUUGAUCUGAGAAAUGCACAUUUUUAUUUCUUCAGUGGUCACAGGUUGUGCCCGUUCAUAAUAAAACUUUUUUGUCCA